AUGUUCGGUAAACGCUCUUUUGCUAGUUCGAAAGAACGCUCGGGCAAGAUCACAAAACAGCCGAAGAGAUCGUUUCGCGAAGCCUCAAAACAGAGGCAGAUGAUCGAGAAGAUAGACUCGCGGAUGGACAGUCCGAUGAUGGAGAGUGUUUCCCCGAGUCUCACCUCGGCCAUCGUGACCAUAGUCGUUGGUUCCGACCAGCGACUGUUCGCCGCACACGAAGACGUCCUCUCCCAUUCCCCGUUCUUCGCCUCGGCGUUGCGGGACCAGUUCUUCGAGUCGUCCAAUCGUCGCAUCGAUCUGCCGACGGAGGAGCCCGAAAUCUUCUCCUGUGUUCUCGAGUAUUUGUACAAGGGAGACUACUACCCGCGCUUGGUCCAUGACAAGCGCCGCCAAACCUGGAUGCUCGAGGGUGCAGUGUCCUCGCCCGACCCCAAUAAAGGCGGCCGCGUAGCCGCCGUCGAGCCCACAAUUUUCCACUCCGGUGUUGGCGACGUCAUUCUCCGCGACACAGCCGUGUACUGCGCGGCGGAGGUGUACGGCCUCGAAGAGCUUAAGCGGCUCUCCCUGCGCAAGCAGGGCCUGCAGAGCGGGAUUGAGGUUGGCACCAUUCUGCGUAGUGCGAGGUAUGCCUACGAGAGCACACCGGACAGUGACUCACGACUACGCGCUCAUUAUCUAGCGCUAAUUAUCCGCAGUCGGAAGACGUUCAAGCGUAGUGGAACUAUGCAGAUGGAAAUGGAGAUUGGGGGAAAAUUGUUCUUUGACUUGUUUGUGGCCAUGUGCAAUCAUAUCGAUGAUAUCGUGGAUGUGACAAAUGCUCGCACCCCGAAAUCAAUCUAA